AUGACACGUGACGAUUCGCUGUCAACGAUGCGGGCUGUGUUCUACGCUGGCCACAACGCCUUCCGCCAGAAGGUCGCAAAAGGUGAAAAAGUGGCCGAUAUCGAGUACAAUAACUCUCCCUCGUCUGAUGUCAGGAAUGCCCAGUUAAUAAAAGCUGCUAAUUGGAUGUAUGAGUUGGCAGAAGUGGUGGACGAAUGGACCAAAGAGUACGACUCAAGGACACGACUUAUGCACCCAUAUGCACCUUAUAUGGGAUGUGCCUAUAGGCACCCGGCGGGACCUGAUGGAAAGAGCCUUUGGUUCAAACUAGCCUGCGUCUACACGAAGUGA